AUGUGGGAAACAAACAUUUUUUUUAUAAUGCUAGAUGACCAAAGCAUAUGGGACAAUAUUGGAGGGAAAAACUCCUUUUGUUCUUUUAAGAUGAAAACACAGACAGAGACUCUGUGCAGGAAUGCAAACAACGUAUCAGGAAGGUGCAGCAGAGAAACAUGCCCACUCGCCAACUCUAAAUAUGCAACGGUUAGAGAGAUAAAGGGGAAACUGUAUCUUCUGCUAAAAGAACCAGAAAGAAGGCACAAGCCGAAAUCACUCUAUGAAAAGAUCGAGUUAGGCGAAGACUAUGAAAAGGCCUUUGAGACAAUCUGCACUGAGCUAAAGGGCUGGGACCGAUUUAUUAUGCACAAGUGCAAGCAGCGACUUACAAAGCUUUCUGACUAUAUGGAGCGAAAAUCGCUUUUAGACGAAAUGGGUCGGCCUAUAUACAUUCACAGAAAGAAGAAGGCUGAGAGGCAGGACCGGGCAAGAGAAGCAAAGGCCGCCAGACAGGCAAAGAUUGAGAAUGCAAUUGAAAAGGAAGUGCUUGAGCGAUACAAACUAGGUGUAUACGGAAACAAAGGAAUGGUAGAGCAAGAAAAGACCACCAAGCAAGAAGAGAAGAGAAAGAAGUUGGGGCAGGUACAAACCCGGGGAAUAAAGUAUGUAACAGAAUUUGAGGAGGAUCCUGAAGAAGAGCACGAAGAGGAAGUGAAGAAAAAGCGAAUGAAAAUGGAGUGGUAGCCCAGUUAUUAUACCGUCUACAAGAGGGACAAGGCGCUGCACUUACAAUAUGGAUAAAUAGACAUGCCAGCACGGCUGGACUACAUUAGAGUAUAAAG